AUGAAUCAGUUUUCCCACAUUGGUACUGCAAGUGAUAAGCUUAGUUGAGCAACGUUUAGCGAUAGCAAAAAGAGAGUCAAUUUCGUCUCAAAUGGAUACUGUUUGCCCAGUCACUCCACACCAUCAAGAAGCUACUUUGUCAAAGCUUAAAAUAGCAAGUGUUAAGACUCUGGUUGAAUCUUCCAACCUCACUUCCAUCCCUUCCCACUAUGCCUACACCACCUCCACUUCCGGUGAUCAAGCCAUUCACGAUGACUCCAUCCCGGUCAUCGACUUCUCUCUUCUCUCCUCGAGCAAUCCCGACCAACGGUCUAAAGCCGUCUCAGAUCUUGCAAAGGCUUGUGAGGAUUGGGGCUUCUUCAUGCUGAUCAACCACGGAGUGCCCGAGAGUCGAAUGAAGGCGACGGUUGAGGCCCUGAUGGGAUUCUUCGAUCUGACAGAGGAGGAGAAGAGUGAGUUCGAAGGGAAGCACGUGUUGGACCCCAUAAGGUACGGGACGAGCUUCAAAGCUUCGGUCGACAAAGUGCUCCUCUGGAGGGAUUUUUUGAAGAUGAUGGUGCAUCCAAAGUUUCACUGCCCCACCAAACCAAAAGGCUUGAGUAAAGUUUUGGCAGAGUACUCUGGAGCGCUUCGAAAAUUAGUGAGGGAACUGCUCAAGGGUAUAUCGGAGGGCCUAGGACUCGAACCGGGCUAUAUCGACGAGGCAAUGAAUAUGGAUUCAAGCCUACAGAUAUUAGCAGCAAAUCUGUAUCCGGCAUGCCCACAGCCAGAACUCGCUAUGGGCCUACCCUCACACUCAGACUAUGGCCUGUUGACCAUCCUCAUGCAGAAUGGAGUUGGCGGCCUUGAAGUUUAUCAUGACGGGAAGUGGGUCCAAGCCGAUCUCAUUCCAAAUGCCUUUGUGGUCAACACCGCUGAUCAGCUCGAGAUUAUAAGCAAUGGGAAAUACAAGAGCGUUCUACAUCGAGCUAUCGUGAACAACAAGGCUGCAAGGCUAUCGAUCCCUUUUUCUGCUGGACCGUCGCCUGACACUGUCGUCGUGCCAGCGAAGCAGCUGGUGGAUGGUGAGCACAACCAAGCCACAUACAUCUCGAUGAAUUACAAGGACUACCUGGAAUUUAAACAGAGCAAAGUAAUUGAUGGGAAAUCGUAACUGAAUCAGGUAAAGAUAUGAUUUUGUGCAGCCUACUGUUAUGCUGCAUUAUGUUAAAAAGGGAUGUGUGAUUGUGUUUUGCUUCAAGACUGUUUGGACUCUUUGGAGAGCAACCUUAUGGAACGUUUAAUAUUAUGUGGUGAAAGGUGCAAGAAACAUACAGCACUGAUGUAUGUAAGCUGAACCUUUCUGUGAUGUAUCUUCUUGACAUAAUAAAUGGAAGUGAGAACUAAAUAAUGUCUGAUUAAA